AUGGGCAGCCGCGGCGCCCCCCUGUGUGCGGCGCAGCCCGCGGUGGCAGAGGGCGGCCCGGCCCGCGAGCCGCUGCAGCUGCUGGAGGUGCCCCCCCGCAAGAGGCUGACCGCCGGGCCCGAACAGGAUCCAUGCGGCAGCCGCCCUGCGCCCGAGGGCGCCGGCGCGGGCGCGGAGCAGGGCCACUCGCCCGGUGGAGGCGGCUGGUGCCGGCACUGCCACACGAAGCUCGCCGAGCUCAAGCGACAAGCGUGGAAGCUGGUCGGCGGGCCCGGGACACCCCUCCGGGACCCGUGCCUCUCCGCUCUGCUUCUUGACGAGGUGCCUGCGUGUCGCCCGGAGGCUGAGCGCCGCUGUGACGUCUGUACCACGCACCUGACCCAGCUCACACGGGAGGCUCUGCGGCUGCUGCAGGCGCCCGCCAGCCGCGAGGACCCGGACGCCCCCCAUGGAGGCCCCGGACUCAUGCCUCCCAGCCCCGGUGCCGCCGCCAGCCCAAGGGAUGGACCAGCGCCUGUGGGCCCGGUGGGGCGGCAGCUGGGCCGAGCGGGGCCAGACCGGAGGAAGGGGCUGGGCUGGCCGUCCGGGCCCAGCGUCCAGGUGUCAGUGGCACCCGCCGGCCUGGGCGGGGCACUGAGCACGGUCACCAUCCAGGCCCAGCAGUGCCUAGAGGGCAUGUGGAGUGUCUCGAGGGUCAACAGCUUCCUGCCACCGACGUGCCUGGCUGAAGCAGCGGUGGCCGCAGUGGCGGUGGCAGACACGGUCCGGGACGGCCCCCCUUCCGUGGGCCCUGAUGGCGCGUCGAAGACGUGGAGCCGCGGCGGGGCCUGCGCAACGGCCCUGGUCACCCCAGCCCCGGGCACCCCAGCGGGGACCUCCACGGGCCCAUCAGCCGCAGCCUCCUUCUUCCUCAGGGCUGCCCAGAAGCUCAGCCUGGCCUCCAGGCGCAAGAAGCCCCACCCACCGCCGGCCCCCGCCGCCCGCGGAGCCUCCACCUACCCCACGGACUUCAGUGGGGUCCUGCAGCUGUGGCCGCCCCCUGUGCCCCCCUGCCUGCUCAGGGCCGCCUCCAAGGCCAAGGACAACCCCAGCAGUGUUGGAAAGGUGAAGGUCAUGCUGCGGAUCUGGCCUGCGCAGGGGGCCCAGCGCCUGGCCGAGUCCACGUCCUUCCUGAAGGUGGACCCGAGGAAGAAGCAGGUGACCCUCUAUGACCCGGCCACGGGGCCCCCAGGCAGCGCGAGCCCCCGACACGCCGCCAUGGCUGCCGUUCCCAAGAUGUUUGCCUUCGAUGCCGUCUUCCUGCAGGACUCGGAGCAGGCCGAGGUCUGCUCGGGGACAGUGGCCGACGUGCUCCAGUCAGUGGUCAGUGGGGCUGAUGGCUGCAUUUUCUCCUUCGGCCACAUGAGCCUUGGCAAGUCCUACACCAUGAUCGGGAAGGACAGCUCGCCCCAGAGCCUGGGCAUCGUGCCCUGCGCCAUCUCCUGGCUCUUCAGGCUCAUUGACGAGCGCAAGGAGAGGGUGGGUGCCCGCUUCUCCGUCCGCGUCUCGGCCGUGGAGGUAUGCGGCCGGGACCAGAGCCUGCGGGACCUGCUGGCCGAGGUGGCCUCCGGCAGCCUGCAGGACGCCCAGUCCCCGGGGGUGUACCUGAGGGAGGACCCCGUCUGCGGGGCGCAGCUCCAGAACCAGAGCGAGCUGCGGGCGCCCACGGCUGAGAGAGCAGCCUUCUACCUGGACGCGGCACUGGCUGCGCGCAGCACCAGCCGGGCCGGCGGCGAGGACGCCCUGGGCAGCUCGCACAUGCUCUUCACGCUGCACGUGUACCAGUACCGAGUGGAGAAGGGCGGCAGGGGCGGAAUGUCUGGAGGCCGUAGCCGCCUGCACCUCAUCGACUUCGGCAGCUGUGAGGGGGCACCCGGCAGGGGUGGGGAGGCCCCCGGGGGCCCGCCGUAUCUGUCCUUGUCGGCCUUGGGCAGCGUCAUCUUGGCCCUGGUCAGUGGAGCCAAGCACGUGCCCUACAGGGAGCACAGGCUCACCAUGCUGCUGCGGGAGACUCUGGCCACCGCCAACUGCCGCACCACCAUGAUCGCCCACGUCUCCGACGCGCCCGCCCGCCACGCCGAGACGCUCAGCACCGUGCAGCUGGCCGCCCACCUCCACCGCCUGCGUAGGAAGAAGGUCAAGUACGCGUCCAGCUCCUCGGGUGGGGACAGCUCCUGCGAGGAAGGCCAUGCCCGCCGCCCCCCGCACCUGCGACCCUUCCACCCGCGCUCUGCAGCCCCAGACCCUAACCACCUGGCCCCCAGCUCGCCCGGUGACCCCGACUACUCAUCCAGCAGCGAGCAGUCCUGCGACACCGUCAUCUACGUGGGGCCGGGGGGGGCGGCGCUGUCAGACCGCGAGCUCUCGGACAGCGAGGGCCCGCCCGACUUCGUGCCCAUCAUCCCCGCGCUGAGCCGCCGCCGUCCCUCCCAGGGCCCGCGUGACGCCGACCACUUCCGCUGCAGCACCUUCGCGGAGCUGCAGGAGCGGCUGGAGUGCAUCCACGGCAGCGAGGGCCCCCCAGGAGGCCUGGGCGGCACCAGUGGAGCCCAGGCUAGCCCGGCCCGCGGGGGCGGGAAGCCCUCGCUGCCCGAGGCCGCGACCCCCAGGAAAGCCGUGGGCUCCCCACUGGCCGCCAGCACGCCUCGCGGCAGCCCCGGCCCAGAUACCCACCGGGGUGUCCUGGAACCCUCCAAAGCUGGUGGUGACCAGAGAGACGACGGCGGUACCAGGCCUGAGCUGCCUGUGCCGGAUGAGGCCACGGGGGGCAGAGGCAGGAGGCCGCUGCCCAGCCCGGCCCCCCCACUGCCUCGGCAGCCGGAAGCUGGCGGGGCCUCAGAGGAGCCUGCGGGGGCCGACGGUGUGGGUGUGGUACGGACACCCCCUGUGGGCAUGAGCGGGCAGGAGGGCUGCCCCCGCCCCUCCGCACGCGGCCAGUGUCUGGAGCGGGGCCUGCUGACCACCACGGUGACCUUGCAGCAGCCCGUGGAGCUCAACGGCGAGGACGAGCUGGUGUUCACGCUGGUGGAGGAGCUGUCCCUGGGGGCGCUGGCCGGCCCUGGGCGCCCCUCCAGCCUGGCCAGCCUCGGCAGCGACUGCUCCCUGCAGGCCCUGGCCUCGGGUUCGAGGCCCGUCAGCAUCAUCAGCAGCAUUAACGACGAAUUCGACGCCUACACCUCGCAGGCUGGGGGGGCCCUGGACGGGGCGGCCGGCGCUGGCGGCCGCCGCGGCUCCUCCCUCGGCUCGUGGCUCAGCGAGGUCAGCGUGUGCACGGCCGACAGCCUCGGCCCCGCCCCGCGGCCUCCCUCGCCGGCCAGCCCGGACCCCGUCAACCCUGGCUCACCAGCGGGGCCUGACCCUCUGGGUUCCCCGAUCCUGGACGGCUCCUUGGAGGACAGCAGCUUUCAGUUCUCAGAGCCCGACAGACCGGACAGUCCCGGCCCCACCCAGAGUCCUUGUCCCACGGAGGAGGCCACGGCAGCUGCCAGCCGACCUGACCGGGAGCCCCACGCCGCGUCUCCACGGGGCGCCGCCCCAGCACCAACUAUCCACUCCAGCCUUCCCCGCAAACCGAGGACUACCUCAGCGGCCGGUCGUGUGGGCUGCCCCCGCCUGGCCCCAGGCCCGCCUGGCCCUGGAGGCCUCUUCGAGGACCCUUGGCUGCUCCGGGCGGACGAAUGUGGCCCGCUGCCCCUGGCCUCUGCCAGCAGGGCCCCCAGCCUGGCCCCGAUGCUGGCUUGUGCCCGGAGGGUGGUGGACGGCUGUGAGGUGGGCAGGGCGGCCCACAGGCCAGAGGCCGUGGCUCAGAUACCACCGCUGCGGAGGGGGGCCACCACGCUGGGUGUGACCACGCCCUCCACACCCUUCGGGGACGCCUCGGCCGAGGCAGCGGCCUGCCUGGGCAGCCCAAAGGCCGCCUCCAGCAGCAAGAAGAGUGUGGCCUCCAAAGGGGACCUCUUCCCGCGGCCUGGCGGGGGGGCGGCCCCCCCGGCCCCGCCGGUGCGCAAGUCCAGCCUGGAGUACAAGAACAGCCCGGCGCCGGGCCCUCCCCAGGCCGGGAGCCUGGCUUGGGCCGGGGCUGCUGCCUUCCUCCGAGGGGAGGGGGAGGCCAGGCCUGGCGGCCGGGCCGACCACUCCAUCCCCAGGGCCACGUCCAGCCUGAAGGCCCGGGCUUGCAAGGCAGAGGCAGGGUGCCAUCCCGCCACUCACGGGUCUCUGGAGCGGUGCGAGGAGGGCCUGGUGCAUGGCAGCAGCAAGGCCAGGGAAGGCCCUGGGAGGCCGGCCCGGGCUGUGCCCAGGUUGGGUGUGCCGCCUGCCAACCCCACGCCUGGGCCCACUCCUGCCUGUAGGAGCAGCCCGGCCAAGGGCGUGGGGGCCCCCAAGCCCCCCGCCAGCGGGGGCAAGGGCCGCAGCCCGGCGGCAGGGUCCAGGGCUCUGGGUGCUUCGGUGAAGCCGCUGGCCCCUGCGGCGGGCAGGACCCCUGGGGGCCCGGUGACGGGCCCCAGGGUCACCCCGCGAGCGGUGCCUUGCGUUGGGGCCAAGGCCAGCCGGGGCACCAUCAUGGGCACCAAGCAGGCGCUCCGGGCCGCCCACAGCCGUGUCAACGAGCUGGCGGCCGGUGGAGGCCAUGGCCGAAGUGGCCCCUUGUGGGGCUCGGCCGACUCGGACAGCGGCGGGAACGUGUCCAAGGAGCGGCCGCCCGCGGGCCCGGUGCUUCCCUCCCCGUACAGCAAGGUGACGGCCCCGCGGCGGCCGCAGCGCUACAGCAGCGGCCACGGCAGCGACAACAGCAGCGUGCUGAGCGGGGAGCUCCCGCCCGCCAUGGGCCGCACGGCCCUCUUCUACCACAGCGGCGGCAGCAGCGGCUACGAGAGCAUGAUGCGUGACAGCGAGGCCACCGGCAGCGCCUCCUCGGCCCCCGACUCCAUGAGCGACAGUGGGGCCGCGUCCCCGGGCGCCCGCGCCCGCAGCCUCAAGUCCCCCAAGAAGAGGGCCACAGGUCUGCAGCGGCGACGGCUGAUCCCGGCCCCACUGCCCGAUGCUGCUGCCCUGGGCCGCAAGCCCAGCCUCCCCGGCCAGUGGGUGGACCUGCCGCUGCCCCUGGCUGGCUCGCUGAAGGAACCCUUCGAGAUCAAGGUGUACGAGAUUGAUGACGUGGAGCGCCUGCAGCGGCACCGCCUGCCCCCAAGGGAGGACCCGGCCGAGGGCCCGGUGUGCGUCAGUGCGAAGUUGCGGCUGGCCGAGCGCAGGCAGCAGCGGCUGCAGGAGGUGUGGGCCAAGCGUGAGGCGCUCCGCGGGGAGCUGGCUGAGACCCAGGGCCGGCUGAUGGUGGAGCCCGGCCGCUGGCUGGAGCAGUUCGAGGUGGACCCGGAGCUGGAGCCCGAGUCGGCCGAGUACCUGGCGGCCCUGGAGCGCGCCACGGCCGCCCUGGAGCAGUGCGUGACUCUGUGCAAGGCCCGCGUCAUGAUGGUCACCUGCUUCGACAUCAGCAUCGCUGCCGCCACCGCUGCCCCGGGGCCGCAGGAGGUGGACGUCUGA